AUGGAUCACGACGACAAAAUAUCUAUACGGCUUGCAAUCGAAGUACAAAGAUGCACCAAUGGCUACGAUCUCAAUCUGCUCCAAGUCAACGGUCAUCUGUGCCUCUCUCGCAAAUCCAAAGUCUCCUGUUGUGGAGACGGACCUAGUGGACUCGUGAACCUCACAAGCAGAACUACCUAUGCUGUCUGGAACUCGGAACUCCAAAAGAUUGUGGCUGGGGUGCCCGAUCCUAGCCAGAUACGAUGGCGAUCAAGAUUGCGAAUGAUGUGGAAUGAAACGAGGUUGAAUAAGCUGCUCAAUGCUCUGCGUGCUACUUCAAAUUCAUGGCUGAUCACUUACACGGACACUCUUUCUGAGAUCAAACUGAUGCUGCAGCAGAAAGAUUUAAUUGGGACCUCCAUCCACGCGACACGGUCCCUUCGCUCAGAAAAUCCUAUCAUCAGAGUCGCCACAUCUGUCAACGUUACUGACAGCAAGACUGGGAGUAUUUGUUCCUCGGACACUGCCUCCAUCGUAGCUCCUUCAGACCUCGAGCUCGGGUUCGACGACAUAAUAAUCAACAGCCAAACGUAUGGGCGGUUGCUUGCCCAAGCUCAAGCCAAGUCGAGAAUCGAGAGUUUGGAGGAAUUGGAUGAUCUCAUCGACUUCGCCAAUGAUGACACCGUCAGGGAGGAAGAAUCGUCUGUUUUUGGACUCCCGGAAGCUUUGCGCGGCCUUGAUUGA